UUUUUUUUUUUUUUUUGCAGAUUUUUAGAUGCUUUUUGGUGUUUUUUUCCACAUCAUCCAAACAAAGCGUUUCCAGACUUUUUACUACCUUUUAGUUUCCACUUCUACAUUAGAUAAUGCUGUUUCUUAUAUUCUUUUUGUUUCGGUUCAUAGGUUUCUUUUUUUUUUCUUUGUUAUUUCUAACUGUCUUGUCUUGUGUAGUAUAAUAGCAAGAUGUGGAACUAUGUGUGGUAUGAUGAUUGCUGUGCAACGGUGAUGGAAUUUCUCGAGUGGGUUGUCAGUUGGGUGAGCAUGAAGUUUUCAUUGUAGAAUAUCGCACGAUGUAGUAAAGUCGCUCGUUCGCCUCG